AUGGAAAGUUCUUCCACUGAACAUGAUUUACAACAAUCUUUUCGAUCGCCACCCCAGCGAAGAAGAUCAACUUUCUUUGAGAGGCGAGAUUCUUUGGUACCGCAACCAUUAUCAGAAAAUAUAAAUCUUAAUUUGUCCAAAAAGGCUACAGAUGACAAAGAAAAACAUAAUCAAGACCUUCUUAGAUAUUAUAAUGUGCUUGUAGCUGAGAAAGAACAGUGGAAGAAAGAAGUUAAUAAUAGGAGAAACAAAUAUCAUGACAUAAGAGAACAGUAUCAAAUAGCUGCAAAAGCACCUAGCACAUCUAGGCUGUCCUACUCAACAUUAUCGGAUGAUGACAUAGAAUUUUUAAAAGGAAAAGUUAGUAUAUCAAAACUUGUGGAUAGCCAAUUGAAAUUACACAAGUCAGUUAAAGAGGCACAUGCACUAUUUAAAAGAGCAACAGAACUUGAUGAUGUUAUUCUGAGUAACAGUGAGGAUAAAGUGAAGAAAAUAACAGAGCAUAUUCUUGAUAAUAGCACACUUGAACUGGAUGUAUAA